UGGCGUCAUCCCGCCGUGACGCUCGCGCUGUGGGACAACUAAUUCAUUAAAAAGAUCCAUCCUAUGUCCUAUGACCCCACCUCUGGGAGCCUUGGAAGAUAAAUAAAGAUGAAUGAACAGCAUGGCUCAUCCAACACUAAAGUUUUGACGUUAGAAGACAUCUUCUAAGCCAGAUUGCCUCUGAUGACCACCAAAGAGUCAUGGCGCACAGACUUGGAUUUGGGAAGCUGGCACAGAGAACCAACUGACAGGCAGAGACCGGAAAAAGACCUGAACAGUUAUUAUUGAAGUCCAGCACAUCAGAAUGCAGAAUCCGCCGUCAGUACCACCCAAGGACCAAGGUGAGCCCAGUGAGCCUCCUGAGAUGGCGCAUGGUGGGAGAGGAUCCAAGAGCAAGAGACAGUUCAGAGCCAUUGCCCCAAAGAUUGCACCCCGAGCUCUGCCCCCUCGGGUGCUGCCAUGCCCCCCACCAGCGCUCACCUCCAAGCCCCUGGGGCUGCCCACCCAGAACUACACUCUGAUGCAGGUCUCUGGCCAGGACGGGACCUUCUCUCUUGUCGCCCUGCCCUCAGUAGCUGCAGCACUGCCGGGACAGAAACCCAGACAACCCCUGGGCCUGAAGCUGCCCAUCCCACGGUAUACAAAGUCCCCAAGCAGUGACAGAGGAUCCAGAAAGACACCCAGCCUGAGCCCUCCCGAGAAUCACAGGGCCAAGCCCAGAGCACUUGAGCGAGUUCCUUCCCUGGAGCCAGCCCCCACCAUUCUGGGCAUGGCCACAGCGACUGCACUGGACAGCUGUGGAGACCCUAGCACUCCAGGCACCAACAGAUGUCCUGCCACCCUAGCCCUUACGUCCGUCGAACAGAGCUUUACCGAGACCACCAGGGAAGCAACCCUGACAAACAGGAAAGCAUCCCGGAAGCCCCCUGGUGUCGCCAGUGGGAAGUGUAAAGCGCCAUCCAACCUGGAAAAGGUUGUGACAAUGUCAAGUGCCAUGCCAUGGGUGUCAGUCCCCAGGGGCAAGCUGCCCAUUGUGAGAACAAGGACAACCACAGCAGCAGUGGUGGUCUCCGAGCUGGAGCCAAAGGCCUGCCCUGCAGAGCGUCCUUGCCUGGAACCCGGGGCAGACUAUGAGCAGAGAACGGCCAACCCAGAAGGGUUCCCCCAAGCUGUCAAAGCUCUGGUCAGUGAGAUGCCAGCGUCCCAGGUGCCCAAGCAGAGUCUGGGUGAAAGAGCCUUCUGUGCAGCCCCUAAGCCAGACGUCAACCACAAAGCCAGACCGAGUAGCGGUGCAGCCAAGAGGCGAGCCAGAAAGCGCAAGGCACCGGAGGACACGGUGACAUUCCAGGGGAGGAGGAGGAAGGGCAGAGAUGGGAAGGAACGAACAAAGCCAGACCUGCAGGAGGCCCGAGACCCCAAGCCCGGAGCUGUGACCAAGUACCGGAGCAUCAUGCCCAAACCUGUCCUCAUGCUACCCACCCUGGCCCCCCUGGCAUCCUCCAUGGCUCUACUCCAAGCCCAGGCUCCCAGCAGCCUAGGACAGGCCGCUAUGUCGGACGGCUCGCCCAUUUCAAAAUACCACUCUCAUCACAGCAGCCUGUCCACCAGACCCAUCUCUGGGUUACGGAAUGUCCUGUGCGGUGUGAAGAAACCCUUCCACAGGUGCCAGGUCUGCAGCCGUCACUUCCAGUUCAAGCAGCACCUGCGGGACCACAUGGACACGCACUUGGCCAACAGGCGACCCUACAGCUGCCGCCUGUGUCGCAAAGCAUAUGUGCGCGCAGGAAGCCUUAACACGCACAUGCGGCUGCACCAUGGCGACAGCCGGCUCAAGAGGCUCAUGUGCUGUGAGUUCUGCGCCAAGGUGUUCGGGCACAUCCGCGUUUACCUAGGCCACCUGAAGGAAGUGCACCGGGUGGUGAUCAGCACCGAGUCUGCCCCCAGCGAUCCACAGCUCGGGGACGCGUCCAAGAGCAAGGAUCCAGAGGCCGUUGUGCGUGGCCCUGCGGCCUCCCUGGACAGGGAAAACAAGUGGAACGCGGAAGACUUCCUCCUCAGCAGCCAGGCUGAGGAGGUCAAGCUGCAAAUCCGAUGCGGCCGCUGUCAGAUCACCGCCCAUUCUUUUGCCGACAUGGAGUUUCACUUGCUUUACACUCACGGGGAGGAGAUUCAGGGUGGGCACCAGGAGGGGAACUUAGCAGGAAGCAGAGGUGCCCGAGAAGAACUGGUUAAACAGCAGGAUGCCGCUGCGCCCCUGGAUCAGACACCGAGGCCUGAGAGAGGGGAACCUGCCAAGCCCAAUGAAGACUAUCCUGCAGCAGUCCCCCAACUCCACGGGCAGCUCCACCUGCACCGUCAGCACAGAGCUGAAACCCUCCUGGGCAAGGAGAGCACCCAGCCAGGAACCAGUGAGCCAGCGCAGGCCCCGGGGACGUCCAGCUCCCACUCAGUUCUGCUGUGGUCCAGUUCCGGCUUCCACUGCAUCCUGUGCACUCAGACGCUGGGGCGAAGGGAGGAGCUCCUUCUGCACUGGGCACGCCAGCAUAACUGCAAGGAUCCCUCCAUGCUCUGGGCUGUCUUAAGCACUUGCUCGCGCCAGGGUGUGAUGGAGCUCUCCAGCCCAACGGGCAGGCAGGCAGAAGGUCCUGGAGCUCGGCUGACUCCCACCUGCCCAUCUGAGCCUUCUGGUGGUGGGGGGUCCACAAGAAAGCUGCACCAGGAGUUGGGAUCCUCAUGA